AUGUAUAGUGUUAAUGGAAUUUUGGAUACAUGUGUCAUUGCUGUUGUCAUUUUCAUCUUUAGGAUUCCUAGCUUUCUUUCAAGUUUUCUUGGGUUGCAGAGUUUUGUAUUUCCAGGAAUCUGGAUGUAG